CAGAGGCGGCGGCGACGGGCCGGAGGCGGCGGCGAGGGCGCUCGACCGUGCAGCGGACGGCCUGUGCUCUGCUCGCCUGGAGGAGCUCGCCGGCGGCAGCGGCACCAGCAGCGACUCGCUGGGAGCCCUCCUGUCGGUGUGCAGCAAGCACGUGACGCAACCGGUGGUCGAAGAGCUCAAGGCGCGAGAUGAGAGGACGCGCCGAGACGCGCCGAGACGCGCCGAGAGGUGAGGUAAUCUCGCCGAAUCUCGGCGAUCCGGCGGACCCCCUCCCGGGGGCCGGCGGCGGAGCUCUCGCGUGUGCAAGGAUGACAUCGUCCUCUCGCCACCUGGUGUAACAACCGCCGUAGGCGGCGGCGGAGCUUCUCGCACCGCUGCUGGUGAGGGCGGAUGCCGAGGUGGGGGUCACCUCGACGCAGCUGUACGACGGGAAGCUGGCCCUCUCGUACUUGGCUUUGCGCGCGCGCGGCGCCACUGGCGCGCCGUGCGCGGUGUUUGGCCUCUCUGCCGACGGAUCCGGCAUCGUCGACCGCCCGCUCGUCCGCGACUUGAUCUUUGUGCUCAUGUCGCUGCACUUGCCGCGCGGACAGAGGCACGCGCCUGCGACGGCGGAGCUCGAGGCCAAGGUCGCUGCGGCGAUCGACGCGCUCAGGCGGCCUGAGAUGCUCAAGGGGUGCACGCUGAUGCUCUGCGACACGGGCGCCGACCCAAACGAGGACGACCUCUGCGCGGUGCUGGUGCUGCUCAACGUGCUGCUGCUUGCCGACGGCAAGCUGAACGUGUGAGUG